AUGUCAUCACGCGAGAACGAAGAUUUUGAACCUCUUGUCGUUCUUCAAUUUUCAUCUUCAACACCACCGGCAACAAAAGAAUGGGUUAUAAAACGAUUAACCGCAAAUCCUAAUGAUGAUCAAGGUGCAGGUUUACUUGCUCGAUAUGACACUGAUCCAGAAAGUGACAAAAGAGUAAUUCUAAUUGGUGCGACCUUGAGUCGUUUAUUAAUUGGAGCAGAAGAAUUACGUAUUAAAAAACGCUAUAAAAAUAAAGGUUUAACUGAAUUUCUUGUUUCGGAUACUGAUCAUUUUGAAAAUUCAGAAAAUCCCGAAAAUCUAUUACUUAAAUCGGAAAAACAACGAAUAAUUUGGGAAGAAAUACAAAAUUUACAUCCAAUGAUACAUGAACAUACUGUACCAGGUGUACCAACUAAAUCAUUUUCAUCUAAAAAUGAUACUAUUCUUAAUAUUCUUCAUAGUCUUGAUUUUAUUGGUAAUAUUUUUCCAUUACAUGAUAAAGAAGAACUUAAAUUACUUGAACAUACCUGGAUUAAGUCAGUAAGAUCAAUAUCUAAACCACAAGAUAUUAAUAAAAUUCGAGAUUAUUUUGGUGAAAAUGUAGCUUUUUAUUUUGCAUUUUUGGAGUUUUAUACUUACGCACUUGUGCCACCAGCUUUGUUGGGUCUUUUAAUUAGUUUUUCGUCAAGCUCCGAUUUCUUUAAAUAUUCAUCGCUCUGUAUUUUUAAUGUUAUUUGGUGGACAAUAGUUAUGGAACUAUGGAAAAAUUAUACUAAUAAAUUGGCUCAUCAAUGGGGUACAUUAGAUAUAGAAAUAUUUGAACGACCUCGUUCACUCUAUUAUGGAGAUCCACAACUUUCUCCAAUUACAAAUACAGAAGAACCACAGUAUCCAUUAUGGAAACAUUUAUUAAAAAAAUAUUUAGUUAGUUAUCCAUUAAUGUUAGUAUGUGUAGCUAUAUCAUUAAUAAUGUAUUUUACUUAUUGUGGAAUACAACAAUCAACAGAUGAGAAAUAUCCAUUCGAUGAUUCAGUAUUAUUUAUUCAUGCAAAAUCUAUGCGAAUGGCUCCAUCACUUGGUUAUUCAUUAUUGAUUGGGCCAGUUAAUUUAGCGUAUAAAAGAUUAGCUACAUUUUUAACAGAUUUGGAAAAUCAUCGUCUUCAAUCAUCUUAUGAGAAUAAUUUAACAUCAAAAUUAUUCAUCUUUUUUUUUAUAAAUUGUUUUGUUGGUUUAUUUUAUCAAGCAUUUUUUAAUGCUAAUUUUGCAAAUGUUACACAAUUACUAACAUCCAUGGUUAUUGUUAAUGCUAUACUAUUGAAAUUUACUGAACAAAUUAUUCCAUAUUUAUGGAAGCUUCAGAAAAAAAAACAAUUAAUUGAAAAACGAUCAGAUGAUGCUCAAGUAAGCAGUGCUGUGAGACAAUUAAAAACGUUAACACCAUUUCAAGGAACAUAUGGAGAUUAUGUAACUAUAUUUGAACAAUAUGGUUAUGUAGCUUUAUUUUCAGCAGUAUUUCCUUGGGUAACAAUUUGUGCAUUAGUAAAUAAUCUAUUUGAACUUCGUGGUGAUGCUUUUAAAUAUUGUCAUGUUUAUCAACGUCCAUUUGCUCAACAAAGUUGGAAUAUUGGUAGUUGGCAUUAUGCAUUCGAUAUAUUAAGUUCAAUAGCAAUUGUUACUAAUACAGCAUUAAUUGCUAUGCAACCAACAGUUCGUGAAUAUUUUUCAUCAUAUACUGAUGUAGAAUAUAUAUUAAUUUUUGUUGCAGCUGAACAUGUACUUUUGGCAAUAAAAUUUUUUAUUGAUUUUGCUAUUCCGGAUGUACCGUAUGAAGUUGAAAUCGAACGAGUUAAAGCUCUCUAUGAAUCAAAUCAAGCAUUAAGACGUCAACGUGCCAAUAAAGCAUUACAAGCUGAAAAAUCAAUAGUUAGACUGUAA